UUACCCUUUUUCUUCCAUACGAUUUGUCGCCUCAAAUUCAAUUCAAAUACCACCAAACCAAACCCGCGAGUAUGGCGUAGGGCGAUGAAUUCCAACCAAGAACGCCGAUAACACAGUGGCCGCGAAUCCGAUCACAUCUCCGCCAUGGAUUUACCUCAGUUUCUCUACCAUCAACGCGAUCAAUCCAGGUAUAUAUCUCCUCCUUCCUCCGCCCCUCUUCCUCGCCCUUUUUUCCCGGACGAUCCCAAUUUCCACUUCCCCCCAAAUCACCACCACGUCGUUCCCGAUAAAGGGAUUGACUACCCUCUUCCCCGGCCGCCGCCGCCGUCGUACCACCGCCAUCUUCCGAUUCAUCCACCCCCAUCACCGGCGCCGCCGCCCGGUUACAAUCCUGCUCAGCCCCAAUUUGUUGUCUCUUCGUCUAAUCACGACGACCAAUUGAGGUCUGCGCACCCUCUUCGCGAAUUUGCCCGAUCCCCUCCAGUUUCGAGUAGAAUCUCUUUCGAUGGAGGAUUUCAUCGUGAUUUUGUUGACCUCAACCAUGCGUACCAUGAUGGCCGGCGGGAUAUUUCGGAUCCAUCCAGAGUCUCGGUGGAUAAUCGACCACCAAUCCCGCAUUCUCCUAUUGAUUUUGAGCGUGGAACGGGCCACCGAGAUAUUGACCGCAGGCCUGCCCUGCCAUAUCCGCCCCAUGAUAUGUUUAGGUAUAGUUCAGGUAAUAGUUCUAGGCGGGGAGCGGAGUACAAUGAGAGUUUUCAGACAGAUCCAAGAGAAGAGGUGCUACGAGGACGAGGUGAGGAGAAUUAUUAUCACCAUGAUCAGCUUAAAGCGGAUUCCAAUAUUUCUUUUAUGGAAUCUGGAGCCACGGUUGUGCAGAGUCCAUUGUCUAGGGACAACCAAUUUACUUCAGGCAGUUUUGAUAAACACCGCUAUGGCUCGCCUUAUGAAAAAGAAUCUUUUAGGAGCCGUAGGGGUAGCAAUGUGGUGGGUAAAAAUCAGAGAUGGGUUCACAGCAAAAAAAUUUUUAGAAACAUGCACAGUUCGUACUUAGAAACAGGAAGUAAUGAUAGAGGACAUGGUGACCGUAGUGAUUUUCGAAUUAUAUCCGGAAAGCAUGGGCAUUCAAAUUCAGAAUUUGGAAAAUAUUACAAUGACAAUAAUGGUAGUACAGAAGGUUAUAAUGAGUACACAUCCACUCCACGGAAGCAAGUACAGAAAAAGAGUGCUUUUCUCAGAAUUCAAAUGGCAAAUCCUUGCCACAGUAACAGAGAGAGUGAGCAGUUUUGUGAUACUGAUUAUUUUGAUGAGAAGAACAACGGUUCCCUUGGAGGAAAAAAUCAGGCUAGAUCUCUAGGCUACAGAAUGGAUGCAGGGAAGAAGAGAGAGGGAAGUCCCAUGGAACUUGAUGUUUCUUUCAAAUCCAAUUCGUUGGUGGCCAAGGCAAUCAUGGCACCAACACAAUCUGCCUCUAUCUCAGAUUUGGCUAUAAUGCCCGGAAAUGAUAUAAAUAUGAAUGUUUUGGUUUCCUACCAUGACUCUACUGACUCACAUUUAACCAGACAUAACAAGGGUGAUGUAGUCACAGAUGGUGUUACAAAUCUUACCACUUGUUCCUCAGGCUCGAAAGAUGAGCUGAAGGAAUCAAAAGAGAAGGCUACAGGUCUGUUGGCUGAUAAUGGAUCUAAUAAUUCAGCAGAUGCUUCUUCAGUUAUGAGCAAUCAUUCACUUGGAAAAACUAAUGUUGAAAGGCCUUCACAGGGCAAGGUGUCAGAUAUAGAAGGGAAGAAUGUUCCUGGAAAAGCAUCUCCUAUGAGGGCCAUGAAGAAGAAAAAGGUUGUGAGGAAAGUAGUGAAGAAGGCAGUAAGUCCUCAAAUGUGUUCACAGACAAGAAAAAGUGAUGAUGACCCUGUGAAAGUAGGUAGUUUGAUAAAUAUUCCAUCAGUUGUUACAGAGUCGGAUAAGGGGUUAGGAGUUUCAGAAAACAAGACUUCCACAUCUGGAACGAACUCAGACCAUAAUUUUGUGUUUAAGGCUUCUCAGCAUGAUAUGUCUAGAUUACCAGAAAAUAGAAAAGCAGAUCGAUCUGUCCUGCCUAUAGUUUCAGAAGAAUGUCAAGCCAAGACUGAUAUGGGCAUGAAAUAUGCAGAUAAGAGUAGUAAAAAUAGCUUAGAUUCUCCUUUAAAUUCCUUGAUUAAAGAUGGAACAGGAAAUAGUAAUCAUCUUGAGAGAAACGGUUCUUUCAUUGCCUUGCCACCUCUUUUAAAUUCUAAUAAGGAUCUUACAUUACCAAAUGGACCUAAUGAGUUUGAUUUUGAAGGUGAGUCGAGCAAAGCUAGACUUUCUGGGAUUAAAGAUACGUUGGUUGAGAAUGUAUCAGGCAAAGAGUCUAAAGCUACCAUGUUUUCACUAGGAGACAGUCAGUCUGUAUUAUUGGGUUCUAAUGAUCCUAAUCCACAUGAUGAUCUUGUUUAUGGAAGUAGUUUGGUUGGUGAUGUAGAUACUCCCAUAGAUUUAGUCAAUGAGGUAACUCAGUUUCAAGAUAAUACUCCACUUUCUGAAACUUGUUUUGUUGAUGAAAUUUGCAAGCAUCCUUGUGGUCCUCCUGAGACUGAUAUUAUAGGAGUACCUGCUGAAAAAGUUAGCAAUUCUUUGGUGGCUAUGCAUUCAGAAGCAGCUGGAAUGGAGAUGGAUUCCAUAAGUUUGCAGGACUAUAACAGUGACCAAUAUACUAAUCAGGAUUCAGAUGAUUGUUGUCAAUGUACUAAUAUACGAGUGAAUGAGGUUCUUAACUCUGAGAUGAUUGGUAAUACGAUAGAUGAGGAGUCUGUGGAUCUGAGUUCUGUAUCACUAGGUGUUAGUUCUAUAGGAAGAUCUCCCAAGGCUAAGGUUUCAAUCAAAGGUGUAAAAGGUGAGGAACCAUUGUCUAAGACGAAUGAAAUUAGAGAUUGUUUGGAUUUUUCAGGUUCUGGUGAUAUCAAUCAAGAGAGCAAUUCAGAGAAUCCACGUACAAGUUUUAAUUCUAAAAACCGUUGUGCUUCAGAUCAGGAUUUUUCUGGUCUUGGAAGCAUGGUAUUGGAUGUAAAUGCUACCACCACUGGAGAUUGUGCAGUGGCUGGUUACAAGUUAUUAGGUAAGUCAUCAAAAAAUAAAAUCUCGAUGGCCUGUGAUGUUAAUAAUGGAGGAAAUGAGAUAUCACCCAAGUCUCAGAAGAAGCAAAAAGUAUGCACUGCUGGUCCUGUUUUGCCUUGCCCUAGUGCUGAAUCUAAUGAAGGGGCUGCAAUUACAUUCAUCUCUAGUUUAAGUGAUCAGUUGACUUCUAAUGGUGAAUUAAUGGAAGCUGAGGAGGUUGCAGCAUCUAAUGUGGAUGCUCUUUGCACAGCUAGUCCUGUUUCUACAGAUUGUUCAAAGGGAAUCAGCAUGAUGCUCGAUGAUAUAUCAAUAAAAGAAUCUGCUAACAAAAUCAAUAAUGUUGGUCCCUUUGAGUGUCACUUGAAAUAUGAGCAACCUGAAAAGAACUCUUGUUCAAUCGAGGAGUUGAUUGUUUCAAAAUGUCAGUCACUUUCUCCAUCAGCAUUGGUAAAUGAGAAAAAAGACAGCGGUACUCCCAUAAUGGACACAAAUCAAAGAGAUCAUAUGGGCGUAGUUAUUGGUAGGAGAAAAGAAUUAGAUAUUCAUGCUGCAGAAGAGGAAUCUAUGGUUUAUAAUAAGACUGCACGGUUGGAUGGUCCUUCUGAAGUUUCAUCUUCUCAAACCUUAGAUUGUUUACAUCCAGUAACAGUUAGAGCUUCAAGUAAUCUUGGCAAAGAUAGUUUAGAUCAUAUAGAAAUAUUUGCUGAUGGGAAAAGAUGCGCCACUGCCAAUUCUGAUAAUGAAAUUGUGGGUAGCAUGUCUGAUACACGAGGGGAUUUGGGUUCUCCAAAAAUCUUCAAUGUUCCAGAGACUCAUAAAUUAAAUUGUGAGGCAUCGCUUAGUGAAAUUACUGACGACAAAAAUUUGAAGGAGAAAUCCAAUGUUGAAAAUGGAAGGGCAUUGACUGACACUCCAUUUCCACAGUCUAUCACCAUUAGUCAGAAAUUUGGUCGCUCCAAUGCUGGCAACAAUUUAUCCACUGAAAAAGUAUUACCACAGGCAUUGGAAGAAUUAAAAAGUGGACUUCAGGCUGAUGAUACUUCUGCUAAUUCAUGCAAGAAAAAACAGAAUAUGGGUUAUUACAAAUCUCGGACUUUUCCUGGUAAAUCUUUUUCCACAUACACUACUUCAAAGAAGUUAGCAUCUGCAGCCUAUAGUACAAAACCACGAAGUUGGCAUCGGAAUGUAAAUUCUCAGGUUCCACCUCCUGGAAAUAAGGUUUUUUCAAGCACUAUUCCUCCCCAAGGGCAGUUACAUGGAGGAGAUGGAGUGGCUCAGGGUACUUCGUACAUUCGUAAAGGUAACAGUCUAGUUCGAAAGCCUUCUCCAGUUGCUGCCCGAGUUUGGGGCUCUCAUGAUUUGAGUUCGAGCUCAUCAGAUCAGCUUGAUUUCAGGUCUAGCAUAAAAGCUAAUAGUAAGGUUGAUAUUACUAAUUCUUCUUUCCACUCCAAAGCAAGGAAAAUUGACGCUCCUGCUGAUAAGCCCUAUCCUCCCCCACUGUCUAGUGGGUCCAGGUCGCCUAAUUAUUCAAUUUCCAUGGGUGAUUUUGCACCAUCUCCUUGCCAUGAAACUGAAUCACAUCUCAUGAAGUCUAAACAUGUUAGUGAUCUGUCAAAAUCUGUUGGGGAUUCAUCAAAGAUAUUGUUAGCUUCUAAAAGUCAGGUUGGUACUGCUGAUAAGAAAGAAAAUCCGACUGAAACAAAAGACAAGAAUUCUGUAUCUUCAGUUCUAAAAAGGAUAGUGUAUGUAAAGCGGAAAUCAAAUCAGUUGGUCGCAACGUCAAAUCCCUGUGAUUUAUCAACAAGGAAUGUGGACACAACUCGUUCCUUGGCCUCUGAUGGCUAUUACAAGAGGAAAAAAAAUCAGCUGAUCAGGGCUACAUCCGAAUGUCACAUGAAACAGACUUUACUCCCCACUGAAGAUGUUUCAGACCCAGGAGCCCAAAGCUCUUAUGGAGAUGGAGAUGGAGAUGCUAGAAGUUUCAAUAAGAGGCAACAAUGUAAAGUUGUAGUGAAAACACAUGGGCCUUCAAAGUCCUCUUUGGUGUGGACACUUCGCAGUUCAGAUGCUCCACGAAAUGGUGAUGGUAAUUUGCAGAAUCAUAAAAUUGUUCCUCGUCUUUUUCCUUGGAAAAGACCAUAUUGGAAGACCGUCAAGCCAAACACUUAUACUCAUAAAAAUAGUUCUUCCUCUAUAGUCAGAAAAUUGAUGCUGUUGAGGAACAGGAACACAGUUUACAAAAGAUCAAAACAUGGAUUUUCACUUCGAAAAUCCAAGGUACUAAGUAUGGGCAGAUCUAGUUUGAAGUGGUCAAAAUCCAUUGAAAGGCACUCAAAGAAAGCUAAUGAGGAAGCUACAAGGGCAGUUGCUGAUGCAGAAAGGAAGAAAAGAGAACGUAAUUUGGAUGCUUCUGUUUCCCCUGAUGCUGAGGCUGGAAGUCAGUUUUCCUAUGACCAAGCAUCCGGUUCUACCACUCUCCAACCAAAAAAAAGUGCUAAGAAGUUUUAUGUUCCACGAAGACUAAUGAUUGGAAAUGACGAAUAUGUUAAGAUUGGAAAUGGAAAUCAAUUGGUCAGAAAUCCAAAAAGACGAGCACGCAUAUUGGCAAAUGAGAAAAUUCGAUGGAGUUUGCACACUGCAAGACAGCGUCUGGCGAAGAAGCGGAAGUACUGUCAAUUUUUCACAAGAUUUGGUAAAUGUGACAGAGAAGGUGGCAAGUGCCCUUAUAUUCAUGACACUUCCAAGAUUGCAGUCUGCACAAAAUUUCUUAAUGGUUUAUGUUCUAAUGCAAGCUGCAAAUUGACUCAUAAGGUCAUUCCAGAAAGGAUGCCUGAUUGUUCAUACUUUUUACAGGGUUUAUGCAGCAGCAAAAACUGUGCCUACAGACAUGUAAAUGUGAACUCAAAGGCCCCUACUUGCGAGGCUUUUCUAAGGGGCUAUUGUGCUCUCGGCAACGAGUGCCGUAAGAAGCACAGUUAUGUGUGCCCCUUGUUCGAAGCGACAGGAACAUGUCCUGAAAGACCCAAGUGCAAACUUCACCACCCUAAAAGACAAACUAAAGGAAGAAAAAGGAAACGAUCAGAAGAGAAGAAUAACGAUCAAGGACGAUACUUUGGUUCCAAGCGUAUCAAUGCUGCUGGGUCUAGUAGAAUGGUGGUGACUGAGAAGCAUCCUGUUAAGUUAAGUGACCCUUAUCCUGAAGGGGAUCUGGCAGAUUAUAUCAGCCUUGAUGUCAGUAGCGAUGAAGAGACUGCAGAAAGCCAGGACUACUCAACAAGCCAGAGAACAUCCUUUUGUGAAGGUUACCUUCCAGAGUUACUGUUAGAUGAUCCCGACGAGCUGAUCAAACCGAUUCGGAUAAUGGAUGAGAACCUGAUAAUGCAAUCGUUGGGAAGCUGAGCUGCCUGCUCCUCAUUCUGUGCCAGGUUUGUCCAAUCUCUCACCAUUAGAGUUUAGUAUGGUGUACACCUGCUCUGCUAACGUCUGUAACACAUUAUCACAGCUUAGGUUUAGUUUUAGUUUUUAGUUUUUAGUUUUUAGUUUUAGUUUUUCUUCUUAGUGCAGAGUUCUGGAAAACUCCACUUCUGCCAUUACUGUAAAUCAACAUUUUAAUUUGAAAGGAAUGAAAUGAUUUUAUGAGAGCAUGGUGGAUGUA